AUGGCUGAUGUGGUUGAGCAUGAACAGUUCAACAAAAUGAAUGCUCGCAAUGUAGCUAUGGUUUUCGCUCCAAACAUGACUCAAAUGGCAGAUCCUUUAACCGCAUUGAUCCACGCGGUACAAGUGAUGAACUUUCUCAAGACUUUGAUCUUAAUGAACCUCAAAGAGAGGGAGAACGCAGAUGCUAAAGCAAGGUGGAUAGAGAAACAAACAUCAGAUCCAUCAGAAGAAUGA